AAAGUCAAAAUAAGGUGUCAGAUUGAAGAAAAAUAAUAUACAAUAUGACUUGAAAAGAGAAUGAAUAAAAUUACCAGUAACAUCUCAUUUAAAUAUCGGAAAUUACCAAUUUUGAAUAGCACAAUAUUUAAAGUCUGUUCGACGAACAAUAAAGAUGAAGUAUUAGAAGUGACAAAAAAACCAGAUGAUGCGUUUCCCGAGGAACCUACAACAUGCUGUAUGUCAGGAUGUGCAAAUUGUGUAUGGAUUGCGUACGCUGAAGAGCUAACAAAACAUUUCCAAGAUGGGGGUGAUGAAGCUCAAAAACAAAUUAUGGAGAAAAUUACUGAUCCAAAUCUUAGAAUGUUUUUAUUAACCGAACUGAAAUGUAUAUGCAAAUAAAUUU